AUGUUGGAGCAGAUCUCUUUGGGAAAUGUUGGUGGGGAUACUCCUCAUAGUGGUCUACCUCCAACCCAACAACCAACGAAGAGAUCAAGUUACGAUAGUUGGAGCACAGAAGACAACAUAAUUCUGCUAACUGCUUAUUUUCACGCUAGUAAUGAUAGUGAGCUGGGGAACAACCAAAAAGGUGAAACUUUCUGGGGUAAAAUUACACAGUAUGUGAAUGAGAAUGGCAAGAGUGGAAGUGGAAAAGAGAGGACCAUAGCUCGGUGCCAGAGUCAUUACAAAGACAUCAACAGAAAAAUUUCCAGUUUCAUUGGCUGUUACAGUACUGCAUGUAGGGAGAAGCAAAGUGGUUGGUCUGAUGAAAACUACAUAUCCAAAGGCAGGGAGUUGUACUUUGAGAAAAUGGGUACAUCGUUUAAUUUGGUGGAUGAGUGGAAGGUUGUUCGCAAUCAACCAAAAUAUAUGCCAGGAGUAGCAGUAUCGGGUAGUAGCGGUUCGAAAAGAAAGAGUAGUAGUGAAGAUGUUGAAUCAUCCGCUCCUACCCUCGUACGUCCUGAGGGUAGGGACACGACAAAGAAGAAAGCUAGAGCUUCGUCCAGUAAACCAAGGAAAUCGAAGGUCGAACUUCUCGAUGAGUUAUCCAAUAUAGUCACCUCUCGUGAAAAGGCGGAAGCGAAUAGAGCAAGUACUGUUGAAGCUAUGAAUGUCCUCGCUCGUGCCAAGAAUAUGGAGACGUGGAGAUUUUUGAAAAACAAACCAGAUCGUGACGAUGAAGAUGAAGAAGCAUAUCAGUUGUUGAGGAAAGAACUGUUUGGCAAAUGA